CAUUAUCGAAUUACCCUCUAUUCUCACAGCCACGCCAGCCGACCAAACAAACAAGUGGCACAUUUCCUCCCAACUUUUAUUUACACCGAUAAGAUAUCGAUUAAAAUGAUAGUAAGUUGCAAGCCAGUAUGCUAAGGAGCUCGAUGUAUUGAAACGGGCCAAUACUGUCGAUAAUGUUUACGUCCGUCUAGUAAUACAUCUAGUAAAUUCUGUGUGACAGUUGAGCACUAUAGUAGCGUCGAAAUGGAGGAUAAAGACUGUGAGGAAAGUGACGAGGGCAGUCGUCUUUUGGACAAAAAGUAUGAGAGAACUAGUGAAUCGAGUGGUGAUAAGUCAGUGGAUAUAGUGUUUGAUAGUAGGAUGAUGAAGACGUCGACGCAAGCAGAGGACCUGGCGGCCACGUGGGGAGGAAGGAGGUCCAUACCAGACUCAGGGAGACUGCGGCGCGUACACUCCUGGUCUGGUGGCCCGCCUGAUGAUGGAAGCUCCGAAAUAAGAAUACUGAGAGAAAGAUUAGUGAGAACACAGACAAUGCCGCGGCCGGGCGCCGUCCGGCACCUGUCCCGGCGCCAGCGGCUGACGCUAGCCUCAUUGGCGCUCGUGGACUUCAUGAGCUUUUGUUCCAUGAGCAUAAUGGCUCCGUUCUUCCCGAGAGAAGCCUCCAUGAAGGGCUUGUCUGACACCAUGUGUGGAAUGGUGUUCAGUUUUUACGCGGUUGUCAUGUUCGUUACUUCACCUGUUUUUGGGAAGUUUCUUCCAAAAGUUGGUGCAAAGUUUCUGUUCACGACCGGCAUGUUUGUUGCUGGCGCCUGCAACGUCUUGUUUGGAACACUGGUGCUAGUGGAUGACAAGACGACCUUCACGGCGCUGUGCUUCCUGGUGCGAGGUCUAGAAGCCCUGGGGGCGAGCGCCUACGCCACCGCCAGCUAUGUAUUCGUGGUCAACGCGUUCCCUGACAGCAUAGGUUCAGUGCUUGGCAUCUUGGAGACGUUUGUCGGACUCGGCAUGUCAGUAGGGCCAGCUAUUGGAGGACUGCUAUACUCGAUCGGGGGCUUCGGUCUCCCAUUCUACAGUCUAGGAAUUGUGAUGGUGUUCACCGUGCCUAUAAACUACUUCUUGCUCACUGACUGUGAAGAAUAUGUCUACGGGUCAAAAACAGCGUCCAUAAUGCGAUUGGUGAAGAUUCCGUCCAUCAUCAUCACGGGCCUGGUGAUCGUCAUAGUGUCCAAUACCUGGGCCUUUUUGGAUCCAACCUUGGAACCGCACCUGCGCCAGUUCAACCUGUCAACCAAACAAAUUGGCCUGAUCUUCCUUCUGUUCUCAAGUUUAUACGGAAUAUUCAGUCCCGUUUGGGGAUGGGUGGCGGACAGGGUCCACAAUCACUGGUGCAUGAUGGUGUGGGGCCUGUUCCUGUCCAGCGUUGGCUUGCUGCUGCUCGGCCCAUGUCCCUACAUCCCUGGUCUUACGCGUGAUUUGUGGCUGGAUUUAGUGGCGCUAUCUAUUCUGGGGAUGUCUGUGGCGCUAACUCUGCUGCCUACAUUCCAAGGAGUAUUAACUAGUUCAAUAUACGAAGGUGGCUGUCCGGAGGCACUAGCUACGUACUCCGCGGUGGCCGGACUCUGGUCGUGCUGCUACUCGCUGGGCGAGGUCCUGGGCCCAGCGGUGGGCGGAGUCCUAACGCAGUUCUACGGGUUCCCUCUAACUGCCACCAUGUGUGCCGCGGCCUGCUUCUCGAUGGCGGUGGUUACAUUAACGUUCUUCUCUCUCCGCGAAUCGUCUAAAUUUAUGGAGCAGUCAGAUUCGGAAUGCGACUCCAUCCCGUACACUGACACGACCUGGAACAGCCAGCAUUUCUGCCGGACGCGCAGCGCACCAGGCACUCGAAUUAAUGAUCGCUCCCCGUUGCUUACUCCCUGCUCUUGCCUUUCUAGAAAUGAUAUCACAUACGGAACUUCACCCCCAAGACACUUUUGCCUCAUACACAGCAAGAGCAACAAAAGCGGUUCUGCCAGUGUCGCAGAUGCCAUCGCCUAUUUCCUAAAAUUCCAGUACAUGACCGACAUGUACAUAAAAAUCCGAAGAUCACGGAGACCAAAACACGAGUGCAAUCACGAGUCACGUCGAAGUACUGACCUUUACCAAAAUUAUUUGGCGGAAAACGAAAAUAAGGCUGAAGGAAACGAGACGAAUAAUGCUAACAUAAAUAAUAAUACAAUACCAAAGAGUAGUGAAGAUAGUUACUGCGAUUACCUAGAUAAUGCCAUUUUUGGCAGCCCUGUGGUAAUGGAGAACGUAAAUAUGGACCACUUGGUAGUGAAGAGGAAUAACAAAGGUCUAGUGCCGAAAUUGUUAUCCUGUUAUGAUGAAAGAAUGCCCUCAGGAGAGAUUAUCAGACAUAAUCUAGAAAAAGUACAGUUUUACGAACAGAAUCAGAGUUGUGCUUCCGCUGCUGUAGAUAUUUUUGAUGGUUGUGAAUGCAGGGAUGAAGUGACAUAUUUCAAAGGCACCGUUACAGUUUCCUCUGCAGGCGCCUGCGAAGUGUAGGUGUAAUUAUUAUUUCAGUGUAAGAAAUAAAUACAUUUUCCUCAAAUAUUUUUAUAAUGUCUAAUUAAAUACAAUUAAUAGAAAAUUAAACUAUUUUA